AUGACAACUAAUCCAGAAGUCAUCAUCGUGGGCGGCGGAGCAGUCGGCCUGGCCGCUGCAUGCGAAUUGGCCAUCAAGAAUGUCUCUGUUACGAUCUUGGAGCGGGAAUCUGGACCUGCAGCGCCAUGGAAGAACGAGAAGCUGGGCUUUCGCGAGCUGUUUGUGCCUGCCAUCGAGCACUUGUACCGCCGUGGCCUGCUGAACGACAUGUUCCGCAAUGAAGAACGACCACAGACUAUGCCGGAGAAGAAGGGUGGCUUUGAGUUUGCUGGUCAUUUUGCUGGUAUGAUGAUCAAUGGAAACGAUGUCAACUAUUCACACUGGGACGAUACACACCUUCCCGGGCCUGCUUGUGUACCUGGAUCUUCGACACUGGGUCACAUUGAGAAUGUUCUGCGUGCACGUGCUGAGCAACUCAAAGUGCCUAUUCUUACUGGCAAGAAUGUGACUGGCAUCGAAGACACAGACAGCGGCGUCAAGGUGUUCUGCGGCGAGGAAACAUUCGAGGCUCAAUAUCUUGUCGGAUGCGAUGGUGGUCGGAGCACCAUUCGCAAGAAAGCUGGGAUUCCAUUCAUCGGCACAGAGCCCGAGUUCACUGGCUAUGCUGUCCAUUGCAAGCUCGACAACCCCUUUUUGCUCAAGCCCGGCUUCAAUCGAUGCCCAAAUGGCGGACUCUACAUCAUGGCCGGCCCACAGCACAUCUAUGCUGUAGAUCACGACAUCAGCUUUGACCGAGACCAAGAAGUAACAGCGGAACACUUUCAAAAGGUUCUGAGAAAGCUUUCCGGUACCAACGUGGUUGUUGAGCAGGUCGUUCUCGCAUCCGCUUUCACCGAUCGCUGCAGACAAGCUGAGCAGUACCGCAAAGGCCGAGUCUUCCUUGCUGGCGAUGCUGCCCACAUCUACCCUCCAUUCAGCGCCCAAGGACUCAACUGCGGUUACAUCGAUGCAGUGAAUCUCGGUUGGAAGCUCGCUGCUUUGGUCAAGGGCUAUGCUACUCCGGGCUUGAUCGAUACAUACCAGCAAGAGCAACACCCAAUGGCUGCGCGAGUACUUGAUUGGGUGCGAGCACAAAUUGUUACCCUUCGACCUGACGCUCAUGGCCGGGCUGUGGGCAAUGUUAUGCGCGAGUUCCUCUACACCGAAGCUGGUGUGACAUACUGCAUCGGUCGACAAUGGGGUCUUGAUGUGCGGUAUGAGAUCGGAGAGGGACAUAAGCUUGUCGGUCGCAGCGCUCUGGAUUACGAGCUGGACGAUGGCUCUCGACUGGGAACUAAGCUCGGCGCCGCGAACUUCACACUCGUGGCAUUUGGUGACUGCAGUUCAGAGCUCACCAGCUCCGUCAACGAGCUUAACCCAGUGCUCGGAUUCUGCAGAGCGAAGGGCGAGGAGAAGUCAGGCCUCCAGGGCGUCCUUGUACGUCCUGACGGGAUCGUGUCGUGGGCAUCUGCAGAUGCCCUCAACAUCGAGACGAUCAAGGCCAGCCUCGAACGCUGGGUCGCGCUGCCAGCUGCUGUUGAGAAAUUUGAAUCUGUGUCUUACGAGGCCAACCAGUUGUCCAACAUUCAGACGCCAUUGACGACUACUGUUCGAUCGAAUAUCGGACGUGUAUUUGGCAAGGAUGGAGAGAAGUACACUGGCCUUCCGACAGUGGUGACGGAAGUCCCGGCAACGGCUGAUGCAUGA